GACUAACUUUGUAGUUUGUAUUCCUAUACUUUAUAGUUCAUACUUCAUACUCCUAUGGUCCUAUGGUCGUGUGUCAAAUAAUCUUAUAAAAAAAAUGCAAAAAAUUUCGUUGGUUGGCAUAUAAAUUUUUUACGUUAAUUAAAUUGAACUUGAUUGUUCGGUUUUUUCAUUCAUAUUUUCUCCACGCACAAUACUUAGGUAUCUUAAGUUGUGUAAUGUACUGAAGAAUCGAAGCCAACCAACAUCAAUUGUUCCAUGAACAGGUUUUCAUGAAUACCCAAGGGAGCUGACAAAAUGUUCUGGUUAAGUUUCUUAAAGCAGUCAACACUUGUGCAUUUAUGUUUUGCAAUAUCAUACUUUACUUCUGGCCUGCUGCUAAAUUUUGUGCAGGCAAUUUUAUAUUUUGGUCUUCGACCAUUUAAUAAAACAUUGUACAGAAAAAUCAAUUACUACCUCUCAUAUUCAUUUGCCUGUCAAUUGGUGUUUAUGUCAGAAUGGUGGGCGGGAACAAAACUAACAAUUUAUGUUAACAAAGAUGAGUAUGAUAAAUACUAUGGUAAAGAACAUGGAUACCUUAUCAUGAAUCAUAGUUAUGAGAUAGAUUGGCUGAUGGGAUGGCAAUUUUGUGAUGGUAUUGGAGUAUUAGGAAAUUGCAAAGCAUAUGCGAAAAAGUCCAUCCAAUAUAUGCCACCCAUCGGUUGGAUGUGGAAAUUUUCCGAGUUUGUGUUCUUAGAGAGAUCUUACGAGAAGGACAAGGAAAUAAUUAAGCAACAGAUUGGGAAAAUUUGCGAAUACCCCGACCCUGUAUGGCUGUUACUGACACCCGAAGGUACUAGAUUCACCGAACAGAAACACGAGGCUUCAUUGAAAUUCGCUAUGGAAAAGAAUUUACCGCUUCUAAAGCAUCAUUUGACACCUCGCACUAGAGGAUUCACGACAAGUUUAACUCACUUCAGAGGAAAAAUACCUGUUAUUUACAACAUCCAGUUGGCCUUCGAGAAAGAUGCCAAGGUCCCGCCUACAUUAAUGAGUAUGUUGUUUGGUAAGCCUGUGCAUGCGCACUUGUACAUUGAGCGAAUACCAGUGGAGCAGAUUCCAGAGGGAGAAGCUGAAAGUGCCAAAUGGCUGCACGAUCUCUUCGUCGUAAAGGACAAAAUGAUGGAAUCGUUUGCAAAUACGGGUGAUUUCUUCCAAGAGUCUGGUGUGAAGAGAGUGGAACCGUUCCACCGUCCCCCUCGCAUCUAUUCGCUGUUAAACACAGUGGGAUGGGCCAUCGUAACCCUAACUCCGAUGCUCUAUUACUUAGUGGGACUUCUGUUCAGCGGAAGACUCAUCUACUUCUCGAUUGGCGCUGCUAUUGUCGCCGCUUUUUACAUACUCCUUCAAAAGUCGAUUGGUAUGUCCCAAAUCAGCCACGGUUCUUCGUAUGGAACAGAGAAAAAGUAGCAUUAUGUGCUAUAUAUAUACUAAUUGUAAUGACGAAGUACUAAUUCUAUGUUAAAUGACAUUGUUGAACAUUUGUUUUAUAUUUAACGGAAUAUAAAAUAUACAUAGUGUAUCCUCCAAAAGUAUUUUUGUAUUGAUUUGUGUAAAUUGUAUAAAUUCUAUUUUUCUCUAGGAUUUCAGAAAAAUAUGCACAAAUAGUUAAAUUUCAGAUAGUAUUUCUAAAGGAUUUAACAAUUAAUUUUUGUGUUUUGCAAGUUAAUUUUGUGAAAUUUUUGAUUAUUCUAGUAUUACAAUUUGUUAAAUAUGGUAGGGUUUUUUUUAUUCAAGAAUUUUUAUACUGGAAUGCAAAGUGUAAGCAAAAAAUGCAUUCAACAGUUUAUAGUAUACAUAAUUAUUUCAAGAGCUUUUUGUUUUCACACAUUUAAAAUAUCUGUUAUAAUGAAAGACACCUAAUACUUUAAAUUGCCCGAAAUGCUGCAAUGCAGAAGAAAAAUUAUAUUUUUAAAGAAACUAGUUUGUGUGUAUUGUAAAAAAUAUUCUUGUAUAACAUUAUUUUUAUGAUAAUAUAAGGAUUUUGUAUUACUGUUUAACGAGUGUUAGUUUUGUUCUAUGACUACUUUUCAUAACUUAAAAUGAAUGAAAGAAAUAUUUAUUGUUUGUGAAGUAGAAAUGGCACUUUGGUGAAGGAUUGAUACUUACAUGUUUCGUCAGUUUUAUACUCCUUAAAAUAGUUUCUGUAACCAUAUAUGUACAGUGUAUUUUAUUGGUAUCACAAUUAGCACAAGCGCUAUUAAUGUGCAAUUUUUUGUGUUAUAUUAGAUAGUUUGUUUUUGUUUGCUAUUAUUUAUUUGUCAAGUCUAAAGCAUAAAUAUACAAAAUUUUGAAUUUAAAAUUCUCAAUACAAAAGUCAGUUAUCUCAUUCUGAUUUAGGAACUCAAACUAUAAUUGGAUUGUAAUAUUUAGAUGAGAUAAUUACAAUAUAUUUGUGUACAUUGUUUUGCAGUUGUUGUAGCAAUUUUUAAUAAAAAAAAUUCAAUA